AUGUUCUUUCGCCGCAUGUUUGCGCGCAAGGACAGUAGUGGCAGCGGCGGCAAUACCGCUUACGAUUACGAUGAUGGUGACGCGCACGGCAAUGAUGGCGAAAGCGAUGGGUUUGGCGCUUUUGGCGGCGCCACCACAACGCGGAGCAAGCGCCAUAGCAAUAGCAACGGCAUGCAUAUGAAUGGAAGUGGAAGCGCCACUGCUACUGGCAGCAAUGGUGCCACGACCAGUAGCAGCAGCGACUACGAGCUACAAAGAAGACGUAAUGAAAGACGUAAAUAUGGCGCUUCAACUGCGCCCACAAACAGCGCUACAGCCGCGUCCAAGCACUACGGCUCCGCAAGCACACUACAUCGCGCUGCGACCUCUGGCCCAGCUACAGUACAGCUGACGCCUUUGUGGGAGCAUAUCCUACGUACGCGUACCCUGCCCGAUAAUGUUUAUCCCAUAAAAAUAUUUGGUGAAUUUCUCGAACGUCUACGCGAUCCCGAGUGGCAGGUACGGCAACAUGCAUUGCGUGUUUUUGUCGAUGUGCUGGUUGUCAUGCGUGACGAAGCGGAUGCGUAUAUGGAUCCGUUAAUACCGCCGUUGGUAGAGAAUUUGGGACAUCAGGCGCCUACCGUAAGGAAAGGCGCACUUGACUGUCUGCGUGUGUAUCUGGCGGAAACUGCGAUGCCAGAAACGAUACUGCUGCAGAUACUCGAUAUCGGACUGAAUCAGAAGAUCACAAACGAACCAUUUGGUGGACGCUUAACAUGCGGUGUUAUGCUAUCCUUACCAGCGUUGGUUCAGUCGACACUGCACACCGGCAAACGGCACUACUUACUACGCACAGCCGUAGAGAUGUUGGUGCAGAAGAUGGGACAGGUGACACAUCAGGAGAUCACUUUGAAAGUACUGUCAAAAUUACGUGAUCUUGUAGGAGAGGAGGAGUUUCGUGAGUAUAUGUCCAACAGCGCAUACAGAGAGUUCGAUUUGCUGUGUAACGUCUAUGGCGUUGAGGCUAAAACCGACUACAAUGGAAAUCGGCAUGGUAGCGCACAUCGAAAUCAAGAUUAUGGUAGCAGUGUCGGCGCACACACAUGGCGCGUGCUUGCCAAACAGCCUGUGGCUAGCUGCUGGCGAUCGUCCGAUGAAGAGCAAAUGCUCGAGGAGGCAGCUAAGGGUAAAAUUAUAAUGGAGACUGAGAUCAAAAUUAACGAUGACACUUUAACCAUGCGCAUACUGGAAGCAAAGGACGAGGACACAGAAGCUGACGCCGAUACUGAUUCUAGUCCGCAUAAAUCUAUCGACACGUAUCCAAAUAGCUUGGAAGAUGAAGUGGUAUGUGGUCGCAUACCGAGCGCGACACACGACUCCUUACAUGAGAUCGGCGCGGUGGUACGUUUACUUAGCGACUCAGAGCUGGAUAUGGAGGAGGACAGCAAUGAUUUGGUGCGAGCGUCACAUCAACCGGAAAACCCAGAAUACUACACAGUAAUAACACCUUCGACACCGUCGCGCACGCCAAAGCGUGUCACCUUCGGUGGCGAAGUGGUGAAGAUGCGCACACCAGACAGUGACGCGAACUCUUCAAACAACAGAAAUGGUAAUGGUGUUGGCCCACAGAUGCUUUUCACUGGUUCGAUGAGCAAUCAAAGUGCUAUCGACGCAGGCGGCGGCAACGGUAGCACCGGUGGUGGUGCUAGCAGUGAUAGUAGUGAGCCGCUGCAGCGGACUAUCACCACGACCACAACAACAACGACGGAGAUAACUAUCAUUAGCACGCCAUCAACCUCCGCCACGAGUAGUCCGGUACCCGAAGAUAACAGUAAAAUGAUGGCACUGAGCGUCGAAAUCAUCAAUGAUAACACUAAACCCUUGCCGAUGGCGGAGCAAUCAACGACAGUACCACGUCCAAGAACAGCGCAGUCGCCGAGACGUUCACAAGUGUCAACCAAUGGAAAUGCUUACAUCAACACGCCUACGCUGAGCAAUGAAUCGGUACCGAAUUCAUCGACUACAGUUGUAGCGCAUUCGCCACCGAAACGACGUGAUUCUGUCGGUAGCGCUGGCUUAUCGCCGCACACACCCUUCAAACGACUCAGCGUUAGUCCGGUGGACAAUAUCAUCAGUCCCAAAACGCCACAUAAACCCAUUGAGGUAAUGCAUAACUUGCAACGCGAUCCCUCACCUGUGCGUGCACGCAGUGCCAAACGCGUUGAGGCGACAUCAAAGAGCACUAGCGAAGCUGACGCCGCAAUGGCCGAGGUAAAUACGCUGCAAGCGUCUAAGUCGACACAAGUGCCACAUGCGCCACGUGCACAAACACCCUCACCGCUGCCGCCGAAGACCUGGGAGGAGUUAGACAUUGUCGAUUUUGAUACUCUUUUGGAUUUGCGUUCAGGGAACUGGCAUCAUCGCCUGCAGGGCGUCACAAAACUCGAAGAGGCGCUACGCAGCUCGGACAUACUCGCACAGGUACAACCUUGUUUGGAUAGCUUACUUCGUACACUGCUCUCCUCCGAACGUAAUCCAGAUGUGGCGGAAGCCAAAACACAGCUACUAAUCAAUCUCAUAACACGUUUACCACUGGACAAUUUGGAGGAUCGCACAACACAAAUAAUGACCGGCCUGUGUCGCCAAGGUGGCGCUGGCGCUAACCGUGUAUGCAAAGCUCUGAUGCAUCGAUUGCCGGCGGCGACAAUUGUACUCAAAUUAUUGUCGCAAGAAUUUCUACAUGCAAAGAGCUCAAGGUUCCGUGAACACGCGCUCCAAAUGGUCAUGUACGCACUAAUGACCUUCCCCAGCACUUGUUUCGACACGACAACUUGCGUCACUCACGCCACUUACGCCGCAUUGAAUCGUAAACGUCGCGUACGUCAAGCCGCCUUAGAUGUGCUCGCCAUCUUGGGGCAGAUAACCACAGUGCGUGCGGUAGUCGAUGUGGUGCAAGACGUAGUUGGCGAACGGGAAGAUGGUCCCUCGUUGUUGUCGGCCGUGCGUACGCGGCUCUCACGUAAACAGAUGCCAAUUGUGGGCGCUGAUGGGCAGGUGCAGUAUGCACUGCGUGUGCCCUCACCACAUUCGGCGGAAGCUGCAGAUGCAGCUAAUGGCGAAAUGGGCGCUGAUAUCGAGUGGAUAGUGGCGGGUGUGGGCUCAGUGUCGCCGGGCUCCCUAAAGCGUAGAGCCUCCCGGCGCAGCUUUCGUUGUUUGCCGCCGCACACUGCUUCGGAUGUGGACAGUAUUGCCAUGGGCACGCCGUGUGGCAGUUUUCGCAUUGGAGAUGGCGAUGGCACGCGCAGACAUGCUUUCCAGUCACCACCAGAUGUUUAUGGCAACUUCAAGGACUCAGCCGCCAGUAAUAACGAUUUGCAUACACACAAUUUCCAUCAUAUACUUGGCAGCAAUGUGCCAUUGCCUUACGGACACAAUGCAAAGAAAACAACAAUUGCAGAUUACAACAACUAUAUGAGCCGACGACUCGUAGCCAAAUCAUGCUCGGACUCCUCCAUGGAAGGCAGAAGUUCCGACAGCAAUUACACAAGCAGCAGUGGCGGCGGUGGUGGCGGUGGCGGCGGUAGUGUUGGCAGCACUAUAGACAAGUCUGCCGCCAAGUGCAAUGGCAGCGGCAAACCAGCGACUAAUGACAGCUGUACGGGCAUAAGCGGCAGAUUUACACGGCAGACAGUAAACUCACGGUAA